GGGGCGGCGGGGACGUUUUACCACGAAUCCACGUCUCGUCACUGCCGUUACCGUGGGAAGAAGAGGGAAAACUCACGUCGUCCGUGCGUGGAACUGACACGACUUGUUGUUGGCAGAACCGGAGAGGAUUUAACUGGAAAUCUGAGGGACUCUUUGGCAGAGGAUCCCCCCCUCCUCCGGUUCGGAUAAAGACGCUCCUGGAUCCUCCUGCGUCGCCGCCUCUUCCAGCAGGAGAACAUUUUAAUACCGGAGGCAGCGCAGCGACAUGGACCCGAGCCGGGGAUUUAAAAUCUUCUUGGACACGGUGGCACGCUCUGCUGCUCACUGAGGAUGGGAAGGAAAUAAGAGGGAUUUUAUCAAAACGUAUCAGGUAGCGGCGUCGCAGCAGAAGGAUGCCGCUGGUGAAGCGCACCAUCGAGCCCAGGCACCUGUGCCACACGGUGCUGCCAAGGAACAUCAAGAACGAGCUGGAGUGUGUGACUAACAUCUCCUUGGCCAACGUCAUCCGCCAGCUCAGCAGCCUCAGUAAAUAUGCAGAGGACCUGUUCGGAGAGCUAUUCAAUGAGGCCCACUCCUUCUCUUUCCGGGUCAACUCCCUGCAGGAGCGAGUGGACCGCCUCUCCAUCAGCGUCACACAGCUGGACCCCAAAGAGGAGGAAUUGUCUCUCCAGGACAUCACCAUGAGGAAGGCCUUCAGGAGUUCUACUAUUCAGGACCAGCAGCUGUUCGACCGCACGUCUCUGCCCGUCCCGCUGCAGGAAACCUUCCACACCUGCGAGCAGCCGCCACCUCUCAACAUCCUCACGCCGUACAGGGACGAUGGGAAGGAAGGCCUGAAGUUCUACACCAACCCGUCCUACUUCUUUGACCUGUGGAGAGAAAAGAUGCUGCAGGACACGGAGGACAAGCGGAAGGAGAGGCGGAAACAGAAGCUGGAAAUGCCUUAUCUUGUGUAUCCCAAGAGCCUUAUAAGAGCCCUCUCUGAAACCCCUCCUCCCUUCUUUACUCCCCCAGAGUUGCAGGACCCCCGCAUGUAUGAUCAGGUCUAUAGGUACUUAGACCUUCCAGGGCAGCUGAAGGCCAUAGACCGUCCGCCGGAGCCGGAGAAGGUACCGCGGGCGCCUCACGACCGCAAGAAGGAGUGGCAGAAGCUGGCGCUGGGUGCGGAGCUCGCCCAGGACAUCCCCGAAGACAAACACAGGGAGGCCAACGGAUCUGCAGGUUACCACGACAACAGGACUCAGCUGUACAUGGAGCAUUUGGACGGGCCCUUCUCGCUGGCAGCGCUGCCCUACAGCCAGAUGAACGAGCUGCUCAACCGAACCGGGGACAGAAUGUAUUCCCGACCCCACGACCCUCCGCCGCCGCCGCCUCCCAUGCACCCACUGGGAGAGAUCAAGCCACCCUCUGUGAUCAGCUCCAGUUCGGGUUUCUCCGACAGCAGACCUCAGUCUCCGGCUCGGACAGCAGGCCUCAACUCCAACACUCCUCCUCCUCCUCCACCUCCUCUCCCUCCUCCUCCUCCACCCUUACCCUCGUCCGGCCUGCGGGGGACGCCUCCUCCCCCGAUUCCUCCUCUACCGGUCCAGCAGCAUCCACCGGCCAUCCCUCCUCCUCCAGCUCCUCUCCAGAUCGCCCCGGGAGUCCUCCACCCGGCGCCUCCCCCCGUGGCGCCUCCCCUCCACUCCUCGUCCCCGGCCCGGCUCCAGCAGGUCCUGGACAGGGGUCCGUGCAUGGGGGGCUCCGGGACUCAGUCGGACGGCAGCAUCCUGCCUCCUCCCCCGCCGCCGCCUCCCCUGCCCCUCCCCGGAGCGCGGAGCUCGUCUCCAUGUCCGUCGGGUCCUCCGCCGGUGCCGGCCUUCCCCUCGGCCGGAGCCAUGGCCUCCCCGCCGCCCCACAGCCUCCACGACGUGGGGCCCAAGAGGCACCAUCCAGCCAACCUACCGCCCAUCAGCGACGCUCGCAGCGUCCUGCUGGAGGCCAUCAGAAAAGGCAUACAGCUGCGGAAAGUGGAAGAGCAGCGAGAACAGGAGGCUAAACACGAGCGGGUGGGCAACGACGUGGCCACCAUCCUGUCGCGCCGCAUCGCCGUCGAAUACUCCGACUCCGAGGACGAGUCCGAGUUCGACGAAGGAGACUGGAUGGAAUGAAGGAGGGGGAGGACGGACGGUGACCAGCCCUCCUCCGACACCAAACCUCGCCAUCAAACAACCGUGGCUCUCCCCCAUCAGGCUGUUCUGUCGUCACAUCUCCGUCUCAUUGUGGUUCGUGUUGGGCGGAGGGUCUCCACCUCGUCCGUCUUUCUAGUGUUCUGAGAGAAGCUGUUUCUCUUUAGCGUUCGUUCUUUUCUGCACUACCACGCGACCUUGUUUCUGCUGGAUUUCUGGUGACGGAAUCCCCUUUUGUUUACUAUACAUGAAAAGAACUUUUUUGAAGAGCCACUUGUUUUUGUUUCUUAUCUGUACGUUGAUGUUUAAAAAAAAAGAUAAAGAAAAGGAAAAAUGAAGGCAUGUUUCAUCUACCUUUAGUUCUUGGACACAGUUUUGCCCCCUGGUGGCUGAACACGGCAUCGUGCGAAUGCUGAUUUAUUUUAGCCUCUUUUAUUUACCUUUUACCGCUCAAACACUUUUAACCGCCCAGUCGUUCCCGACACUGACCGAACAGUCCGAACACCAGCCGGGUCGUCUUUCCGUUUCUCCGUCUCGUUUUCAGGACUGACUUUUACCACUAGCAGAAGAUUGUGUUGCCGUGUCAUGUGAUGAUUGUUGUGCGGUUGAAAUGAAGAUGGGAACGCAUUGGGCUGUUAUCCAUCCACUUACAUGUAACCUUUAACCCCAGGGAAACCAAGAGAUUACGCUUUUCUGUCUGUCCGACUUCAGAGGAGCCACUUCUGUCAAAGAGAAACACUAAAGCCAUUGAUUCUGAGUGUAUUCAGCUCCCACCGUUCCCUCGAUUUAUAAUGGACACCGGAAGCGACAGACGUACUUCCUGCUUCGCUUAUCGUCCCUGAUAAAUGUCCCGAGGAGUUUCCACAGUGUGCCCACGAUGCUGAGAAUCCGACCAACAACAGGUACGAACCACUCGACGUCACCGAAGGCAGCUUUUCCCCUCAGAUCCCCCGUUACCGUGUACCCUCACCUACGACGGCGAGGACACUUCCUGCGUGAUACUGCCUUCUGAGGCCGAACACAGAGGCAUACGGUAUGCCUCGUCUUGGCUCAUUUCAACGAAAACGUCUGCCAUCCUUUUCCGUUUUGUCCGUUUUUUUUUCUUCUACUUGCCUUAUUGUUCGUACAAAACGUAUCGUUGAGUUGAUGAAUGUAUUGUGCUGUUACUACUUACUUGCCUGCGCUUGUAUGGAUUUGCUGUUUCUAUGUUUGGGUGGGGAUUAAAGGGACGGAAACCCUGGUUUAAAAAAAAAAAAAAAGAUUAGAUCAAUUCUGUAUACCAUGUAACUUAUGUAACUGUUGACUGUAACAGUUUGCUUGAAUUAAUAAAACUCUAAUGUUAUGUUUCAGCUCUA